AAACUCAACUCCUCCUCCUCCUCCUCUCUCUCUCUCUCUCUCUCUCCUAAACGCAACCGCUCGCACACGGAGGAGAAGAGGGAACGAACUCUGAACAGGCGCUUGCGCAAGCAAGAAACCAACCCAAGAUGCUCGCGGCAGGAAGGCGACGAGUCCCGUGCGGCGCCGCGCUCGUGGUGCUCCUCGCCGCCGCCGCCGGAGUGGCUGUCGCCGACGACUUCUUCUCCCCUCUCGCCCCCAUCUUCUCCCCAGUCAUCAACUCGAUAUGCAGCACGGUGGCGUGCGGGAAGGGGAACUGCACGGUGGUGCCGGGGGCGUUUGGUUACAGGUGCGACUGCGACACGGGCUGGACGCAGCUGCACGUCGGCGACGACCUCAGGUUCCUGCCCUGCGUCAUCCCAAACUGUUCCAUUGACCGCGCAUGUUCCAACGGUUCGUCGCCACCAGCACCGACGCCUGUAUCACCACCCAAAAACUUCUCCCUCGACCCAUGUGAAUUAGCAUACUGCGGCACCGGAGGCACAUGCAGGAAUGGCUCAGGUAUGAGCUACCACUGCGAGUGCAAGGAGGGUUUCAGCAACCUUCUCAACAUCACCACAAUGCCUUGCUUCCAGAACUGUUCCAUUGGUGCGGAUUGCGCAAGCAUAGGGAUCCUUCCGUUCUCAAACUCUUCCAAGCCUCCUGCGCCACCUGGCUCCGAGAGCCUUUCAAACAACGGCAACGCAGCUGCACCAAGGUCCAUUUCGCAGCAGAAUCUACUUCCAAUGCUGCUGCUGGUAUCACUGGCCGUCGGUCAGGCGAUAUAGAUCGAGGAUGGACCAUACCACAGUAGCACUAGACUGUUUUUAUCCACGGACAGGAUAGAGUUGAUAGUUUGUUAGGGAUACACUUUUGGGAUGUGUAUUAUACUGUUGCAUGGUUACAUUUGAUGGUUGAUUUCCAGUGUAGGAGAUGUUGAGAUAUGGUCAGUUUAUGUCGAUAUGGAAUAAAUUGUUUCUGUGAAUAAUGGAAUAAAUUGACUGUUCAUUGGAUAA